AUGAGAAUAUUGUUUUCAAAAAAUACAGCGAAGAAAAUCUUUUGUCCAACAGUAAUUCAAACUGAAUGUGCUCCAACUCUUGCACCAUGGAAGCCACUAAGUGAAGUGACAACCAGUGAAACAAUCCAACACCAACAUUCUAAUGAUGUGGACACACACGCCAUAUACGAUAUCAACGAUAUUGUCCAUUUUGAAGACAACGAUCUCGUAAUGCGAGACGCUAAGAGAAUCAAGUUUCAAGACAACAAUAACUUAGACAAUUCAGUUGAGCCUUUCAAAACUUAUACAUUUGAGGAUGUAAGAAGAGCACUUCAGAAUGAUACGAAAUUUUCUAACUUCGGCAAUGAAUUAACAGAAGAAGUGAAGAAGGAAGAUUCGUGUGAAUGUCAACAUGGAGGCGGAUGUGUGGCCAAUGUUUGUCUCUGUCCGCUUGGAUACGCAGGAGUAAAGUGCGAGAUUACUUUGGAUUUGAAGGUACCUAGGUUUAACGGAUCAUCGUAUCUGCGCUUACCUGGGCUCGGCGGCGCAGCUGAGUCAUGGCUGGAUAUACAGAUCACAUUGAAGCCGACCAGCGGAGAUGGCUUGCUGUUGUACAACUCGGAAAGAGCUGACGGUGAUGGAGAUUUCUUCUCUCUACAUCUUAGGAACUAUUACGUGGAGUUUGCAUUUGAUCUUGGUGCGGGGAUCGCACUUGUCAGAUCAGCAUUCCCUCUUGAGGCUGGUCAGUGGCACUGGGUGUCGGUGUCGCGGUCGGGUCGGCGCGCAUGGCUGCGCGUGCGCGGUGGAGGCGCGCGCGCCGUCACAGCGCGCGGUACGCGCCGCCGACUCGCGCUGCGACAACCGCUGCUGCUGGGCGGCGCGCCUCACCCACUGCCCAGAAGACUCGCACUCGACACGUCCUUCAAUGGAUGUGUUUCUCAGCUGAUAAUAAACGAUGAAGAACUGUCUAUAGUAUCCGCGGCUCUCGGCGGGCUUAACGUUGACAACUGUGACGAUGUCCGUGAUAAUUGCACAGGUAAGAAUCAAUGCAAAGAAGUUGUAGAGCCCAAACCGGUGUACCCUCAAAAUAUCUCAGAAACCGACGUGCAUCACUCAAUAGUGGCUAAGAAGGGCUUCAAGCAGAAAAUCCACAAAAAGCUAAAGAAACACAUACCGCACACACAUGUCGACAAAUACAAGAAGAAGAAGUACUUAAUCAGUAAGAAGCAUCAGUACCUGAUGGAAGAUUUGGAGAGGAGUAAUGAGGUUGCAACAGAUGGCCCGGUAUACGAUGGACAGACAUACAUGCAAGUGAAAUAUUUAAGUGAAAACGACGUGAACUGGAGCGAUAUGAACACUUACCCAAGUUUCUCUGGAACUGACAGCUUUAUACAUAUUGAUGAUGAGGAGACCAUGAAACGGUUGGUAUCAUACUCUCUGGACAUUAACAUCCGGUUCAGAUCCGUGGUGGCCCACGGUUUACUCGUAUGGAGUGGGGGCGCCCAUUCCCCUCCAGACUUUCUCUCGCUGGCCAUCGAGAACUCUGUACUUGUUUUCAGGUACGACCUGGGCAGUGGUGAAGUCGUCAUCAUUGCCAAUCACACCAAGGUAGACGAUGGCCUUUGGCACAGAGCACGAGCAACCAGAAAUAGACAAGCAGGUGUACUAGAAGUGGACGGACUGGGCUCCGUCGGGAAAGUGUCGCCCGGGAAAUUGAAACAACUCAACACUGAGAACGGUUUAUAUAUAGGUGGCCUCCCAUCAAUAGAACUAAACACUCAAGGAAGAUAUAAAAGCGGUCUCAUCGGCUGCGUCUCACAAAUAUCCCUCAGUGGAGAUUUUGACAUCCCUCUAUCCCUUUCCAAACUGCCCCACACCAUCACGAACAAUGUCGGAAGAUGCGCACCAUAA